UCAGCUUCGUGUUUAGUUACACAAUGGAUGCUUGACUACGGUUGCGUGCAACAUCCCCAGCUGAUCUCAUCUUCCUGUUUCGUGUACACCAGCCUUACCCAAUUCUGUUCGCUGCUUGACCACGUCGACUUCAGCACGACGUCAAUACAGCAUCGAGGCAACUGCCAACUCAACUCGACAGAUACAUCGACGGUUGCGGUACAAUGCAGCAGUGGUUGGUCCCGCUGCUGGGUCUCGCCGCACUCGGUUGUGCGCAAGACAGCACCUCCUCGUCACCGGCUUCCACCGAUGAUUCCUCAGCCGCUACCACUUCAUAUAGCAGCUCUGCUCCCACCAGCACUGCGGCGACAAACACUACCAGCGGACCGAUAACACAUACUGUUGAAGUUGCAGAGGGAGGCAACACUUUCGUUCCUGAUGUCGUCCUCGCAGAAGCCGGCGACACCAUUUUGUUCCAGUUCUACCCGACCAAUCAUUCGGUAAUCCGUGCAGAAUAUGGAUACCCUUGCAUACCGUACGAAGAUACAGGUGUGGACAAAGUAGGCUUCUUCUCAGGAUUCAAGCCUGUGGACGCUAUACUGCCCGACCCGCCAACAUGGUCACUAUUAAUCAACGAUACGAACCCUGUCUUCUACUACUGCGGCGCCCCAGGGUCGUGUAUCAACUACGAAAUGGUGGGCGUCAUCAACCCGAACGCGACAACGUCGCUGCAACACCAGAAAGAUCUGGCAUCGCAAUCCAGUUUCAUGCUUCUUCCAGGCGAACCGUGGCCAAAUGAGGAGACAGACCCGUUCACAACCACUUCAUCCGCCCCAACAUCCUCCGCUACGGAAUCAGCCACGAAUUCAGCCGCGGCUGCCAGCGCAACAAGCUCGAGCGCCCCAUCACACAGCCAUUCAGGCCUCUCAACAGGUGCCAUCGCCGGCAUCGCCAUUGGUGCAGCCGCAGUCGGUCUCGCUGCGGCAGCGCUGCUGUACCUAUGCGGCCGCCAAUCCGCCCGCAAGAGCAGAAACAGCGAUCAUCCCGUAGACACCAUGCAGCAACACCACUCUGUCGCCUUCAGCCCUCACGCGAGUAUGCCGCCUUAUCUCGAUCCAAACAAGCACAUGUCCAUGCACAGCAGCGUGGUGGGCGCUGGUUCCGCACUCCCAGGAUACAUGCCUCAACACGAGCCCCAUAUGUCACCUCCCUUGCAGCCCAUGUUCCCAACAGGCGACUUCCUGAUCUCGGGCACAGGACAACAGCAGCAGCCUGCGCAUGCACCGAGUACCAGCGACAUCGCCACGCCGGACAGGAGUACGUACAGUACGAGCCCGAAUCAGAUGUACAGUGUACCCGCGUAUAGUAGCGGAGUGGGAGUGCCGCAGAACAUGGUCAUUAAUCCGACGCCGCACCAUUCAAUGCCUUACCCUCCGCCAGCGCCCUUGCCAAUGAAUCUGCAUGAGAUGGCAGCGGAACCAUCGCAGAGCCAGGGCGGGAACAUGCCCGAGAGAAGGUCGAGUGUUUCAAAGAACGGGGGCGUUGAAAGGUAUGGUUGAAGGUGCGAGUUCUCGGAAAACCCUGGAUUCUUUCACUUUCUACUGGGUCUCUUUAUUUUCUGGUAUGAUCACGACUAUCUGGAUAUAUAUACUGCUUUGAUGGAGAGGGUGCGCUUUUUGCACGUCUGCAGUUUG